AUGACCCCAAUUGCCCUUGAAGUUCCCGACAUAACGUAUCCCUCUAUCCAGGUCCUCAACAAGUCCGCAAUUUACAGCGACUUUCGCGACGAACUUCAACAGAACGGUUAUGCCGUUCUCAAAAACGUGAUUCCUCAAGAUCGUGCACUUCAUUACAGACAAAAAGCCUUUGACUGGUUGAACUCAUUCGAGACAAAAUUUGAUCUCGAUAAGCCAGAAACAUGGAUUGCGAAGAACCUACCCGCGAUGAACAAAGUCCGCAUGUUCCAUCUCUGGGGCACAGAUGAGCUACUCGUGAGCUUCAACUGCCUCAAUAUCAACCUUCCCAAUCGACCUGACCUGUCGGCACGCAAUCCAUGGCCUCAUGUUGACCAAAGUCCGAACAAACGAGGUCUUCAUUGUGUACAGGGUAUCAUAAAUUUAUCUGUGUCAGGGCCUGACGAUGGUGGCCUUGUUGUGUAUCCUGGAUCGCACAUGUUACACGACGCAUUCUUCGAUGCUCACCCAAACAGAGCCGAAAGGCAGUUUCAAAAUGACAUAUAUUUUUUUCCUCGAGAAGAGCUGGAAUGGUUCGAGAAUCGUGGUCUGAAACCCCACAAGGUCUGCGCGGAACCUGGAGACCUCCUUAUCUGGGGUUCUCGUACCAUUCAUUACGGAGCUGACUCAAAUGAGGCGGGCAAGAACAUUCGAACCGCUAAUUAUGCUACUUAUAUGCCGGCUUCAUUGGCGAGUGCCGAUCAGCUCGCGAAGUAA